AUGCAGAACAGGCAUUCAGUCACGGAGAGACAGAACCAAUCCAGUGUUAGAGAUUUCAUUCUUCUGGGCUUCCCAACACCCCUGGAAUUCCAAAUCUUGCUCUUCACAUUGUUCCUCAUUGUCUACAUUUUGGUUUUGUCUGAGAACGUCAUAAUAAUGCUGACAGUCUGGGUGAACAACAACCUCCACACUCCCAUGUACUUCUUUCUGUGGAACUUGUCCUUCUUAGAGAUCUGGUACAUCACCGUCACCCUGCCAAAGGCUAUGGUGAACUUUGUGAUAGAGAGCAAUCUGAUCUCCUUUGUGGGAUGCAUGAUGCAACUCUAUUUCUUCCUGGCAUUGGGCUGCACUGAGUGUGUCCUCCUUGCCGUCAUGGCCUAUGACCGCUACGUUGCCAUCUGCUACCCUUUGCGCUACCAGGUAAUCAUGACACGAACUCUCUGUAUCCAGCUGGCAGCUGGAUCAUGGAUGAGUGGCUUUUUCAUCUCAACAUGGAAAGUCCUCCUAAUAUCUCAGUUGACAUACUGUGGCCCCAAUAUCAUAAAUCACUUCUUCUGUGAUGUAUCCCCACUUCUGAACUUGUCUUGCACUGAUAUGUCCAUGUCUGAGCUGACAGAUUUCAUAUUAGCUUUGUUUAUCCUACUGACUCCCCUUUGUGUCACUAUCAUGUCCUACAUUUAUAUCAUCUCCACCAUCCUACGCAUUCCCUCAGCCAAAGGCCGCCAGAAAGCAUUCUCCACUUGUGCAUCUCACCUCACAGUGGUAGUGAUCUUCUACUCUGCCAGUAUUUUCAUCUAUGCCCGCCCCAGGGCCAUCAACUCCCUCAAUUCGAGCAAACUUGUUUCACUUCUUUAUGCUGUCAUAGUCCCCCUUUGCAACCCAAUUAUUUACUGUCUCAGGAACAAUGAAGUGAAACAGGCACUGAAGAAAACCCUGUUGCGGAAGCCAUAA